UCCGCGCAUAAUGCACGAACGUGCCUUGUCCCGCACGAUUACUUGUAUCUUUAAGACCAGCAGGCACGUGAUCGACUGUGCAGGAAAGCGUGGGCAUACAUGCUACCGCUUACGACAAGCUUAUCACAACUUCGGGAGUUGAAUAUUUGCGCGAUCCAAAGGAUCAGAGAAGUGAAGAAAACUCUACGUAUCUUCGAACGGAGCGAGCAAGCCCUGGCCAAAAGAAGCGUCGGCGGAUCCGGUCGUAGGACACGCCCGCAGAGGCUGUCUGCGUUGCGCCUCGAGGAAACGCAACGCUUCCUGCUGACGAAAGUAUCCCAUCAUGGUUCUGUGUCAACAGCAGCAACUAUAAAAGGUGGCUCCUGGGCGGAACAAGUACACGGGUAAAUCAAGAUGCAAUCUAUGCUUAUGCUACUUGGAAGCUGGGCAUUCCUCGUGUUUUUGUCCACGCAGGCAGCUGCUGUGGAAGGUAACUCGACCGUUCCACGUGUGCAGCAAAAGAAUGCUACCAAUACGCCAGCGGCAAAGCGUUUAGAAAGAGGCCGGGUAUCUCAGAAAGCUACCGCUAUCGCGGUCAACAUAACGCAGAAGGCGCAAACAUUCAUUGAAACUAUGAAUAACACAUGGCACGAUAUUUCGUCUUGGGGCAUGACUUCAAAGUACUCCUUCUGGGCCGGCAAGCACAAUCGCUUUGGAGAGCGCCCAAUUUCUGCUCAUGCUGGAAUCUUCGAGUGCGACAAGGAGAUGUCAGACGACUUCGACGACGACGCCAAGAUGGCAAUUUUUUCCUGGUACAUCCCAAAAAAGAUAUGCAGCCCUGUUCCCAUUUACGUGAGGGUUACAGUUGCUGAAUUGAAAAGGGGAGAAUUUGUUGAGAAGGAUGCCACUUUGAACUUCAAUAAUAGGAACAAAAUAAAAAUAAGGACACCGCGUCGCAAGAGAAAAUGGCGACCUAAAGUCCUCGACAAAGUCGUUGAGGCUUGUAAAUUCACUGUGAACGUCACAUUCCACGGCUGGUUUGCGUACGAAACAGAUGACGAAGUAAACGGCCGCCGCUACUAUUCCGUUGGUAUUGGCGUGCUCCAGGACAAAGCAAAAGGGCUUGUCAGAAGAAGACACAACAGAUUGUCCUACGUGAUAAAAGGGACGUUUAAACGAAUAAUAUUUUCGAAAAAGUAUCCAUAGUCCUAGCACAUUUUAUUGCAAUAAAUUAUAUCACAAUGUAUUAGCCCUCGUUACCGUG